AUGUCUCAGUCGGCGCCUAGUGAGAAUAGUAGCUUAUCUGAUUACAGCAUCACACAGUCCGAAACCUCUGUUGACAGCUCUCGGCCUGACACUCGCGAAGGCUUCCAUAUCGCCCUGAUCUGCGCAUUACGGGUCGAGUUUGACGCUGUAGAAGCUCUCUUUGACGAAUACUACGAACAGGACUUCUCAUACAGCAAAGCGCCAGGUGAUCCCAAUGCUUAUACUACCGGAAGGAUGUGCGGCCACGAGGUCGUCCUGGCCUUUAUGCCGGGUAUGGGUAAAGUAAACUCGGCAAACGUAGCGGCCGGAUUCCGUGCCAGCUUUCCUGGAAUCAAGCUUGGUUUAGUUGUGGGCAUCUGCGGAGGCGUACCGGUUGGAAGGGAUGACGAAAAAGAGGUGCUCCUUGGCGAUGUUAUCAUCAGCACGGCGCUGGUACAGUUUGAUUUUGGCCGGCAAUACGCGAACAAGGUUGUAAGAAAAGACACGCUGCAAGACAAUCUCGGCCGACCAAAUGCAGAGAUUCGCGCGUUUCUUGCAAAACUUUCCGGAUUAAGAAGCCGUAAAAUGCUAAGGGACAAAACGUCUUUCCAUCUUGAGCAGCUUUGCAAACAAGAAGGCUUCCAAGAGUCUUCAUAUCCAGCAGAAAAGGACAAGUUAUAUCGGUCCGGCUAUCGCCACAAACAUCAAGACGGUUCUUGCAGCAUCUGCGCCAACUGCAUAGGCCCAGACGACGAUGUCUGCGACGCCGCACUGGAGGCAUCUUGCGAUGAGUUACGCUGUCAGGAUAGUGAAUUGGUACCUCGGACCCGCGUUGACAAGACAAGAUGUCUUGGUAAUUGCAGAUAUACAUCUACUGCAGAGAUGCGUGAAGCACGGAAACCGGUGGUCCAUUUCGGUGUCAUUGUAUCUGGAGAUUCGGUCAUGAAAUCCGGCCAUCACCGCGAUGAAAUUGCUUGCCGGGAGAAAGCCAUUGCCUUUGAGAUGGAAGGCGCCGGUGUUUGGGAAAGCUUCCCGACGGUUGUGAUUAAAAGCGUGUGUGACUAUGCGGAUAGUCACAAGAAUAAGAAGUGGCAGAGGUACGCUGCCGCGACAGCAGCUGCUUGCAUGAAGGCCUUUCUGGGGGAAUGGAGGCUGGCCCGCUAG